AUGCUGUCACCGUGGCUAGCACCCUUCCGGUCUGGCGUGACCUCGCUCGUUCUUCUCAGUCUCUGUAACUACGCCAUGGGUCGCCCUUUUUACAUGAGAUGGUCUGACAGGACCUACGGACCCGAUGGGCCUUGGAAUGCCGUUACGAUCGGGGUCGGGAAGCCAGGGCAGCAGAUCGAUCUGUAUCCCGGAAGCACGUGGGAGUCCAGGGUUUUAUUGUCGUCCAUUUGUUCCAAUGAUACCAUCUCGUCCACUUGCUACGCUAGAGACGCGGGGAUCUUUUACCCCGAUUCUUCCUCCUCGUUUGGAAACGAAUCCAUCUCCUUGGGUCCCAAUGGGGAGUGGGGCCCCGGUCAGUUUGGGGCCGCCGACGCAGUGGGAACCACCGUGGAGGCCGACCGCGCGCUGAUCGAGGUAGAUCUCGGAGGGACGUUGAUACCGGAUGUUGAUUUCAUAACUAUUUCGCAGGGGUACCAAACUUACCCGGGAGGGAAGAAUUAUCCCCUACAAGUGGGUAUACUGGCGCUUGGGGCCCCGGACAUCAAUCAAACAUUCAGUCGAUACGACUCCGAUCCACUCAAUGGCACCUUUAUCGCCAGUUAUCUCUGGAAAUACGCGGAUGUCGGGAUUCCGUCUUACUCCUGGGGCAUGCACAUCGGUUCAGCGGCGCACCAGAUUCAGGGGUCACUGAUACUGGGCGGAUACGACAAAAACCGGGUCAUUGGGGAUGUCUCCGCGCAGCCCUAUUCGGGCCCACACUUCCCCAUCGAGCUUUUAGAUAUCGGGAUAGGAGUAGCAGACGGCGAAUCGCCCUGGGAUGGGCCUGGGAAAAGCAAGUUGCUGGCACAGGGCAACUCGUCCCUUUCCUCCGGGAUCACCGUCAAGGCGAGUCCCGCUGAUCCGUACCUGUAUCUUCCCGAGAGUACGUGCGACGCUCUCGCCAGCGAGCUGCCCGUCACCUACCAGCCUGAUUACGGUCUGUACUUCUGGGACGAAUCUGAUCCGCGGUACUUACGCAUCGUCACCUCCCCCAGCUACCUCGACUUCACCUUCAACAAGGACGGAGUCAACACGGAAAAGAUCUCCAUCAAGGUCCCGUUCGCGCUGCUCAAUCUGACGCUGGAGGCCCCACUCGUGGAGAAGAGCGUCCGGUACUUCCCAUGCAUGCGCACCACAGGCACCUACGCUCUCGGCCGGGCAUUUCUUCAGGCGGCCUUCAUGGGCGUGAACUACAUCGACCAAGACAACGGCAACUGGUUCCUAGCCCAGGCCCCGGGCCCGGGAUACUCGGUUACGGCCCGGACGACCACCAUCACAGCUACUGACUCCACAAUCGCCGGCUCUAAAAACGGCUGGGUAGAAACCUGGGCCAACCACUGGACCCCGCUCUCCGGUUCUGCCGACAAACCUGAGAACGUCAACAGCGGUAGUGACGACAGAAGCGACGACAGAAGCGAUGGCCUGUCGACGGGGGCCAAAACUGGUAUCGGGAUCGGCUGCGGGAUCGCAGGGUUGGUGAUUAUCGGCCUCAUGGUGUGGGCGUUGGCUCGUCGCCAACGCCGAAAAGCGAACAUUCCCGCGGAGACCAAGUCCGCCGACCCUCCGCAUCCCUACCGGCAAGUUGUACCAGCUCAGCUAAGCGCGCAUACGCCCAUUUAUGAGCUUGCGAGUUCAUCAAAGGAGGGACCGUAUGAGAUGCGAUAGGACGAUCGAGUUAAUCUAGGCCAUGAACAGGGCAUGAGAUUGCUCGACCAGUUGCAUACUUUUUGAUACUUUUUCCGCCGAGCUUCAUAUAACCCUAAUCUUUUAUAUCGUGUUUCCCGCGUCGAGUCUUGUUGUGUCCACGUGUGUACGCUAUAUGCCGUUCCUACGUCGUGUUUCGAGUUAGCACUUUUCUUGUCUUACGCAUCCGCAAACGGGGUUUGAAUGUUCUCAAUGUUUAUUUGAUAGCGUGUCAUUGUUUUUUUUCUUCUCAAUUCCCAGCUCACGAAAUGUGGCAGAAAACUAGCUCCCCGUCUGGACCAAAG